UUAGCAACAUGAAAGGAAGAAGCUUUAAAGGACCGAUUGCAUUUCUCUGACCCGUUCGUCUUCUUCUACCAUUCCCCACAGCAGAGAGAGAGAGAGAGAGAGAGAGAGAGAGAGAGAGAGAGAGAGGAACCAGAGAGGAGAUUGAGGGACUUGGACGUACUUGAGACUGAGGACCGCCGAAGCGGAAGCGUUGAUCGUAAGGCAGAGGCUGCACGAUCACAAUAACGUUGUUUUCAUACUAUUCAUAAUCCAACUUUUGUUGACAUAGAAGCACUCUUCCGUUGUUGGCCUGACAGGCAGUUCGGGGCUGCCCGUUCUAGCGAUGCACAACUUUGAGAGGUUUAUUUCCUCAUCCGAAUCUUCGUUUGUGAGCUGACAAUUCAGGAAUAACAGAGGCAGCGACUAUGGCUGAACUGAUUCUCGGGCCCGUUGUGGAGUCCAUCACCGGACAUCUCCUUUCCCUCGUCUCCCAGGAGAUCGGACUAGCGCGUGGUGUCAAAGUUGAGCUCCAGAAACUCCAGAGUACUGUCUCUGCUAUUGCUGCCCUGCUUUGUGAGGCUGAGAGGAGACAAGUCCAGGCUGCAGACUUGAAGGACUGGCUCAAGAAGCUGGAAGAUGUGCUUUACGAUGCUGAGGACCUGCUGGAUGAUUUCUCCACUGAAGUGUUGCGUCGUCGUGGCGUGGUGGGAGGAGGUAAUCGGAUCCUGAAUGAGGUCGGUUUUUUCUUAUCCUCUUCUAACCAGCUCGUUUAUGCCGAUAAGAUGGCUCAUCGAGUCAAGGAUAUCAGGGAGAGGAUCGACGCCAUUUCGAAUGAUAGGGUCCGUUUUCAGCUCGCGGAAAGCAGUAACCUUGUGAGUUUGGUGGAGAACCGGGUCACGCGAGAAACUUAUCCUUAUGAGCCACAACCGUAUGUGAUUGGAAGAGAUACGGACAAGAAGGAAGUUAUCGAGUUCUUACUUAAUCCUGAUUUUGAGGAGAGUGUUUCCGUCCUCCCAAUAGUGGGUUUUGGCGGCCUAGGGAAAACGACACUGGCAAGACUCGUAUUCAAUAAUGACAGCGUGAAGGAGUACUUCGAGUUGAAGCUUUGGGUUUGUGUGUCGACCAAUUUUGAUGUGAAGGAUAUUCUGGGGAAGAUAGUAGGAGAAUGCAUUGCUAGCCUCAACAUGAAUGAAUUGAGAAACUUGCUUGGAGAAGAGCUCGAUAGAAAGGAUGAUAUGAUGAAAAUGUCACGGGAUCACAUUCUGGAAAAGGUACUUGCAAAGCUCACCAACAUGAAUGAGCUGCAAAGAAAGCUGGGGGAAGUGCUCGAUGGAAAAAAGUUUUUACUUGUGUUAGAUGACGUGUGGAAUGAGAAUCGGCGUGAGUGGUUGAAUCUUGAAUCAUUUCUUCAGAACAGUGCAAAAGGAAGUAAAAUAUUGGUGACGACUCGCAGUCCUCUUGUGGCCAAAACUAUGACCGGAAGAUCCCAUAAAUUGAGUGGCUUAGCCGAGGAUGAGUCAUUUUCUCUGCUAAUGCGAAUGGCAAUGAAGCAAGAACAUGAGUGGAGAAAUGAAAACUUAGAAUCGACCGCAAAAGAAAUUCUAAAGAAGUGUGCGGGAGUUCCCCUCGCAAUUACAACGAUUGGGCGACUGUUAUUAUUCUCGAGAAAUACUGAAGAAGAUUGGUUGAAAUUCAAGAAUAAUGAUUUAUCGAGAAUAAAUCAAGAAGAAGGUGACAUCAUGCCAUCCCUUAAGCUGAGCUACAAUUUUUUGCCGUCACACUUGAAACGGUGUUUUUCUUAUUGUAGCUUGUUUCCGAAAGAUUGCAAGUUGGAAAAACGUGAGCUCAUUCAUCUUUGGAUGGCACAGGGAUAUAUCAAACCCCUAAGCAACAGGCAAACAAUUGAAGAAGUCGGUCAAGAUUAUUUCAUGGAGCUGCUUUCAAGAUCCUUUUUCCAGGAUGUAGAGGAAGAUCUGUAUGGCAGCAUCGUAAGCUGCAAAAUGCAUGAUUUGAUGCAUGACCUUGCACAGUCAGUGUCGGGAAAUGACUGCAACACCAUUGAUAGCUCAAAUGUGAAAACCUUCCCAGAAGGAACUCGUCAUGUAUCUAUAGUUGCUGCGGGAGAUUAUAAGUGGAAUGGAUUCCAUAGGGAUGGAAAAGUAAGGUCUCUGCUUUUUAUUGGUGGAAAGCUGGAGAUUGAGAAUGGUUAUUUGGAUGUUUCUGGUUUUACAAAUCUCCGGGCACUACGUCUUCGUUCUGCUAAUGUAUUAAAGAUAUCCAGUUCGAUUGGUAAAUUGAAGCAUUUGAGAAGCCUUGAUCUCUCAUUUAAUGAUGGGUUAAGGUAUCUUCCGAAUUCCAUAAGCAAGUUGUGCAAUUUGGAGACGCUCAACCUCGGAGAAUGUUGGUGUCUAAAAAGAUUACCGAGAGGCAUUACAAAGUUGGUCAAUCUAAGGCAGCUUAUUGUGAGUGGAUGUUGGAGUUUGAGACAUAUGCCAAGAGGAAUUGAGAAGUUGACUAGUCUACAAACGUUAGACGUAUUCGUGGUGGGGGAGGACCCAGAUGCUGCAAGGCUGAAUGAGUUAAGUAGACUUACCGGAUUGAGGAGUAAAGAACUGACUAUUCAAGGCUUGCAUAGAGUGGGGAGUACCUCGAGCGAGGUAGAUGCUUCGUUCUCAAUAGAGAGACUCUGGCCCAAUCCAGAUCUGAAGGGAUUGAGUAUAAUAUUUUACGGUGGUGUUAUGUUUUUAUCCUGGGUCUCUCAACUGCAUAGACUAGUCCAGAUUGAGAUUAUCGAUUGUGAUAAUUGCAGCCAUCUACCACCUCUAGAUCAGCUCCCUUUCCUCAAAAAAGUCUCCUUGCAGUCCACGUGGAGUUUGGAGAGCAUCGAAUUAUGGGAGAGUAGUGGGCAGGAGGACAAGGAGAGUGGGAUGCCACAGUCUAAUAAUAAUUUCUUUCCAUCCUUGGAAGAAAUAGAGCUGAUGGAUUUGCCUAAAUUCAGGGGAUGGGAGAGGAGGACGAGCACCCGAAUUGAACGAGAGGCGGAUGAUCAUUCUUCUUCUUCUUCUUCUUCUUCUUCUUCUUCUUCGUUAUUAAUGCUCCACACGUUCUCUGACAAGGUCAAGGUCUCCAUAAAAGGAUGCCCAGGAUUCUCUUACGCGCAUGGUCAAAAGCUACGACAAAUGGGUUUGACUGUAACCUCGAUCAAACUUGCAGAGCAGUUGCUGAGGGAUGCAUCUCUAAGCCAAGAUCCAACCCCCGUCCUUACUGUAGCGCCAAUUCCACCAUCGCGGGGGACGAUGACCGUGUCUUUUAAAUCUCUCUCCACGCUGACGUACAUCUUAUUCAGUGGAAUGAAGGAUGCAGAGGACUUGCCUGUGAAGUUGUUUCGGUCCCUCCCGUCUCUCCAGUCUCUUGUAAUCAGACACUGCCAUCGCCUGAAAGCUCUCCCUGUAAGGGCAAUCCUCCGAUACCUACCAUCCCUUGAGAUACUGGAGAUUUCUUCGUGCAAAGAGCUUGAUUUAUCAAUGGAUGAAGAUAGUCACGACGGUGUUGGUGAAGGCAUGCCUAAUUUGCAAUCCGGCGAACCCACUAAACUUCAGGAAUUGGAAUUUCAAGCGAUCCCUAAAAUGAAGACUCUUCCGUGGUGGAUUCAGCACCUCACUAACCUUGAAGAGUUACGUAUCUUGUUCUGCAGCAAUCUGAAGGCUUUGCCUGAGUGGUUUCCCAAUCUCACCUCACUCAAACAACUUGAAGUUUUUCGUUGCGGGAAGGAGCUGAAAAGGAGGUGCAGAAGGAAUACCGGAGAGGAUUGGGCUAAGAUUUGUCACAUCCAGUAUGUAGAUGUACGCAAUUAGUCUGGUUCAUUCAAACUCCUGGCCAUCUUAUCAAAGAUAAUGUUAAGGGCCUCCUCAUCUACUUCCUGCUUUCGCUGAGACAAAAGAUAAUGUUAGACAGCUGAGCGACGCUGACCAUCGAGUUUGAUCAAUGAAGCUUGUUCUUAUUCCACUCCAGGACAGUACUUCCUGUCAGCUGUCGAGAUCAUAUCAUCCCAAGCUCACAAAUUCAUCUUCCCCGACGAGUUUCUGAAAGAGGGACUGGGGAAUUGCUGAUUUUGCAGUAUAUAUCAACUUCCGAAUUUGUCACAUUUGAAGAGUGUUGGAUAUGUUUUAUAUUAAAAAAUCAACAUGUCCAGACGGAUAAGCUUCGUCACUUGUUAGUUUGCUGGAUGGAGAGCUGCUCUUGGAAACAGAAUAGUUUUUGAAGGCACCGGAGCAGACAACCCAUUAGUCCUCUCCCUACUGUGCCAUCAUGUGACAACCUUACUAUUCAGAAUGAGGAGGAGGAGCAGGAGCAGGAGGUGCAACCGAAUUGAACAAGAAGGAGAUGAUCAUAUUCAGAAUGAGGAGGAGGAGGGAGAGGAGGAUGAUCAUUCUUCUUCUUCUUCUUCAUUAUUAAUGCUCCACAAAUUUUCUGACAAUGUCAAGGUCUCCAUAUUAAAUUGCCUGGUAGUCUCUUACAUGCAUCACGGUCAGCAGCUACUACAUGUGGGGGUUAACUGUGUAGUUCAUGACUUCCUUACUUUUUGAUGGUUAAAGAUUAAUUGAGAUAGCAAUUUUUUAGGUAGCAUCAAAUUUCAAAAGAUGGUACUUCCUGUAACCUGUCGAGAUCAUUUUACCCAAGCUCACGAAUUCAUUAAUAAGUCGAGUUUCUGAAAGAGGGACAAGCGAGCCGUGAUUUUGUUGUAUCACCUUCCGGACAUCAGUAUAUGAUGGGUGUUGAAUACAUUUUAUCCUAAUAUCAGCAUUUCCAGAUGGAAAAACUGUCACUUGUUCGGUGGCUGUAGAGAGCUGCUCUUGCGAAAAAAUAGUCCAGUUUCGAAAGCAUGCACCAGCGCACCCAGGAAGUGACCUCAGCUCUGACUCCGAUAGAAAACUGAUCAUAUGGAGGGCCUCCUCUGCUUUCUGCUUCCAGUCCUGAGCUCAAGCUCUUAAACUGCUGAGCAAUAUGGCCCUCGAGUUUCAGUUCUUCUCAAGAGGAGACACUGUCUCCUUAUCUAUGAUCAUCGAAGCUUUUCUUAUUCCACUCCCAGGACGUUACUUCCUGUAAGAUGUUGAGAUCAUCUUUUCCCAAACUCACUAAAUCAUCUCCCAGCCGAGUUUCUGAAAUUGGGAGAGGUGAAUUGCUAUCUUGUUGUAUCAACUUCCAAACUUCAGCAUAUGUGAAGAGCGUUUGACAAAUUUAUCUUGAAAAUCGGCAUUUUCGGAUGGAAAGGCUUCGUCACUUGUUGGUGGCUGGGGAGAUGUUCUUGGGGACAAAAUAGUGCAACCUUCCCAUUCCCGGAUUACGCCUUUUACAAGCUUUUUGCUUGCACUCAUCGUUCGUUAUCAAUGGAAUAAGACUGAAGGCAUCAGCUGAGAUAUGUGAAGUUUAAAAGACUCCCAUUAGUUUAAUCAGCGUAGGUGGUUCUUUUAAAACCCUCCCAGGUAGCGUCAAAUAGCCCUUCGGGAUGGAGAAGCCAUUCAAGACGAAGUUGGUCAUGGCUUCCGGGUGAAGAGGCAGCACCAGCCUCAUGACUUCGUGGGCCACAUUCCAUGAGUAUUUCAUCUUCUAUAUGUCAUCCCAGUUCACUAGCUCGCCUGGUGCUUUGGCGUUAGCAAUUCCACUUGCUCUGCAAUAUUAUUAUCAAAUCGUUUUAGAAACUGAAUUGUUACAAAUUCUUAUAGAUAAGCCUAUAAGUAGAAGACAUAUCGAACAGAAGAUUACCUUCGUAGACUUCGUUAUAGAUGUGAGGGAGCUCGACGAGGUACUUGACAAUGAAUGUGCUGGAGGCGCUAGCAGUGUCAUGGCCUCCGAUCAAUAGCCCCAAGGAUCUUGUCAGCGAUGUCCAUCUCAUUCAUGUGUUUCCCAUCCUCAUCAGUGGCCAAGAGCAUGUGUGACCGUAUGUCCUGGGUUGGGGUGGUCUUCCCUUCCGCCAGGUCUAUCUUCCUCUGCUUGAUGAUGGCGCCGAGGUCCUUCCUAAUGAAGUUGGCGGCCUUUAUUGCCCGACUUAUUAUUUAGCAUUUCCCUUACAAGUCACCUGAAUCGAAAAGUGAAAUCCUUAUUGAAUCAUCGAUCGGGGGCAAGACGAUAAGAAUCAGUUCCGUUAAGCGUUAACAAUAGGCAAACUCUUCUACUCACAAUGGCUUCUCGUUGUCUUCCUCAUAUUUGCAGCUACGACAUCAAUAUUUACUGUAGAUCAUUGAUCUUCUUGUUAAGCCGAUUAUGAUCUUGUCAGUGUGAUAAGUUUCAUCCUAAAAAAUUAUCAAGUGAUAGUAUAUGGCUUGCUGA